AUGUAUGUUAAGCUCUCUGCUAGUUUUAUUUUUUUUUAUCACGAUCAAACACCAUCACCGAAGCCUUUACGGAAGUCGCCCCAAAAACCCUGUUUUGAAGGUCGCAUCAAAACUACUUUCAUCGUAGACGAGGCUGAUCCUUUCCUCUCUCCUACUGAAAUUAUUGAACCACUUCAUGAGGAUGAUUCGGACAGAAGAGGCUCAUCCGAUUCACAAGGUCGACGGAAACAGUGGCUUCGACAAGCCAUCUCUGUGGACGGUGAACGGGUGCCCGCAAAACUUCUCCAUCAGUUCAGCCUUGAUGUGAGUUCCGCCUACUGA